GCCUCUGUCUCCCUCUCUUCACGAACUGCCCAGGAGUGAGCAGCUGCUCCCGGUUGGCGACGGACAGACACACCAAGAGCCUGACAUCCUAGCCCACCAACUAUCCAGCCGACAUCUGGCUGCUUCCCUGCCCCCAGGAACAUUGGCCAUGCGUCCGCUGUGGCUCCUCACCUUGCUGCUAGCCCUGAGCCAGGCCUUACCCUUUGAGCAGAAGGGCUUCUGGGACUUCACCUUGGAUGAUGGGCUACUCAUGAUGAAUGAUGAGGAGGCUUCAGGCUCAGACACCACCUCAGGUGUCCCUGACCUGGACUCUGUCACACCUACCUUCAGUGCCAUGUGUCCUUUCGGCUGCCACUGCCACCUGCGGGUUGUGCAGUGCUCUGACUUGGGUCUGAAGACUGUGCCCAAGGAAAUCUCACCUGACACUACACUGCUAGACCUGCAGAACAAUGACAUCUCCGAGCUCCGCAAAGAUGACUUCAAAGGCCUCCAGCACCUCUAUGCCCUGGUCCUGGUAAACAAUAAGAUCUCCAAGAUCCAUGAGAAGGCUUUUAGCCCUCUGCGGAAGCUACAGAAACUCUACAUCUCCAAGAAUCACCUGGUGGAGAUUCCUCCCAACCUGCCCAGCUCCCUGGUAGAGCUACGCAUCCAUGACAACCGUAUCCGAAAAGUGCCCAAGGGCGUGUUCAGUGGGCUCCGCAACAUGAACUGCAUUGAGAUGGGUGGGAACCCCCUGGAGAACAGUGGCUUUGAACCAGGAGCCUUUGAUGGCCUGAAGCUCAACUACCUGCGCAUCUCAGAGGCCAAGCUCACCGGCAUCCCCAAAGAUCUCCCUGAGACCCUGAAUGAACUUCACCUGGACCACAACAAAAUCCAAGCGAUUGAGUUGGAAGACCUACUUCGAUACUCCAAGCUGUACAGGCUAGGUUUAGGCCACAACCAGAUCCGGAUGAUUGAGAAUGGGAGCCUGAGUUUUCUGCCUACCCUGAGAGAACUUCACCUGGACAACAACAAGCUGUCCCGGGUGCCUGCUGGUCUCCCAGAUCUCAAGCUGCUUCAGGUGGUCUAUCUGCACUCCAAUAACAUCACCAAGGUGGGAAUCAACGACUUCUGCCCCAUGGGCUUCGGAGUCAAGAGGGCCUACUAUAAUGGCAUCAGCCUUUUCAACAACCCUGUGCCCUACUGGGAAGUGCAGCCAGCCACCUUCCGCUGCGUCACUGACCGCCUGGCCAUCCAGUUUGGAAAUUAUAAGAAGUAGAGGCAGUGGUAGCCACCAUGGUGGCCUUGAUGAGAGUCUCUGAGGAGCAUAGUCGCAUGUUCCACAGGGGAAGGGGAAGCAAAGAAGCAAAGCCCCACAUACGACACCUUUCUUCCCCAACGUUAACUUCCCACCGCACCACAGCUUAUCCCUGGCUCUCAAGCAUGCGCAUAUGCACAUGGCCUGGCCCCCUUACCCAUUCCCCUCAGCUUUUGAGGUUUAACAGUCACCUACCAUGUCCACUCAGAGACUCCCUAUAAAUCUUUCUUCUUAUUCAUCCUGAAAUUCAGAUAUCUGUGGCAGGAGGGCCCAGCAAAGGUGGGCACAGCACACUGCCACAGCUACUGGUGCAUCCAGGCAUGUGUUCUUCCUCUUCCUCACCCAUGUCUGACUUCUAGCUCUCUUGGGCCUUAUCAGCUGCCUUUAGCACGAUUCUCCCUUCUGGGGCUGUAGAUCUGCCUCCUGCCAUUCUCUGGACCCAGUUCACAUCUUUCUGUCUUUGUCUAUCUCUGUCUCUCUAUCUCUCUGCUUAUGCCUCU